UGGUUAAAAGCGACACGUACUCUCUCUCUCUCGCCCCCCUCCCCCCCCUAUGCGUCAUCGUCUUCACACCACCAUCGCCGUCCGCUGGAGUACUAUUUGCGAGCACCGGCGUUUUCCCACCCAAAUCAAUUCCAGGGUUUGGUGUUGCAGAAAUAGCUACGGGGAUCAAACUGAGAUGGAACAAGUGGGUGUUUGUGCCUCAAAUAGCUUCCCAGAUGUUGUCAUGGGUGACCCAGAAUCGCUAGAGAAGAAAAUUGCUGCAAUUCGGGCUGCUGGUCCACAAAAGCUACAGGUAAUUGCAGAUUUUGAUGGAACACUAACAAAGUACUGGAUCGAUGGUCAUCGAGGGCAGAGCAGUCAUGGCCUUUUGCAACAGGGGAAUUCUAAGUAUGACGUCAAGAGGCGAGAAUUGGCGGAGUAUUACCAUCCCUUGGAAUUCAACCCAACAAUUCCCCUUGACGAGAAAGCAAAGCUCAUGGAAGAGUGGUGGGAGAAAACUCAUGCCCUUCUUAUUGAGGGAGGCCUUACCUAUGAUGCAAUAAGAAGUUCUGUGGCUAAUGCCACAAUUGCAUUUCGUGAGGGAGUUGUUGAACUUUUCGAGUUUUUGGAGGAGAGAGAGGUUCCUGUACUUAUAUUUUCUGCAGGGCUUGCAGAUAUCAUUGAAGAGGUCCUCAGGCAGAAAUUGCAUAGGUCUUUUAAAAAUGUAAAGAUUGUUUCAAAUCGCAUGGUAUUCAAUCUCAGUGGUCAACUAGUAUCUUUUAAAGGGAAGACAAUUCAUGUUUUAAACAAGAAUGAGCAUGCACUUGAUAUGGCUGCCCCUGUUCAUGAUCUUUUGGGUGAUACUAAUGGGCCCGUUGAGGACAAUGCCUCGGUGAAGAAGAGAACUAGCGUGCUGCUUCUUGGUGAUCACAUUGGAGACUUGAGAAUGUCCGAUGGUUUGAACUAUGAAACACGAAUAUCUGUGGGGUUUCUGAAUCACAAUGUCGCAGAUUCUCUUGAGAGUUACCGCAAAGCGUUUGAUGUUGUGUAUCUGAAUGAUGCGCCCAUGCGGGAAGUAGUCAACCUUGUCUCUCAGCUCUGUUCAACCUGAAGUUGUUAAAUUAUACUAAUUAGAGAUUCUGAAGAAGCUCCCAUAUCACGUGUCCAUUUUCGCUCACCACGACGGUGCUUUUUAAGAGGAUUUCACUGCAUUUGAUUUUCGUUUUCUUUGCAAGCGACACAGAUUGGUUCUUCUGUUACUAGUACUAGUAGUAUAGGAAAGCGGGUACUUAAAGAGAGUAUCAACAACAAUUGGUUCCGAUGUCUGUCUUACUCCUAUGGAGAUUUUUCAAUGUUAACAUUCAUUUGUAUUAGCAUCUAUAUCUGGUCUUAUUUUGAGCCAAAGUUUCUUCCUCUUGAUCUA